GGUCAUGACCGCAAGUGUGGGUAUUUGGACAAGGCUACACACUCUUGUGCUCUCACUCCAAGCAUGGCUGGCGACAGUGAAACACAUCUUAAGGACAGGGCGGAGAACGAGCAAAACAACCGACAGCCCUUCAUCAUCGGUGUGUCUGGAGGCACCGCUAGCGGAAAGUCUUCAGUAUGUGAGAAGAUCAUGGAGCUGUUGGGCCAGAAUAAAAUUGACCGUCACCAGCGGCAAGUGGUCAUCCUCAGUCAAGACAGCUUUUACAGAGAGCUCACGCCUGAACAGAAAGCCAAAGCACUCAAGGGCCAGUACAACUUCGAUCACCCAGAUGCGUUCGACAACCAGCUGGUCAUGAAGACUCUGUGUGACAUCAUUCAGGGAAAGACCGUGCACAUCCCAGUUUAUGACUUUGUUACUCAUUCCAGGAAGGCUGAGUUUGUGACCGUGUAUCCAGCAGAUGUGGUUCUCUUUGAGGGGAUUCUCAUGUUCUACGCGCAAGAGAUUCGAGAUCUGUUCCAAAUGAAGCUGUUUGUGGACACAGACCCAGACACGCGCCUCUCACGAAGAGUGUUGCGGGACAUCGGCGAGAGAGGCAGAGAGCUGGAGCAGGUUCUGAACCAGUACAUCACCUUUGUGAAGCCAGCCUUUGAGGAGUUCUGUCUUCCUACCAAAAAGUAUGCAGACGUCAUCAUCCCCCGAGGAGCAGACAAUCUCGUGGCUAUUAAUCUGAUCGUGCAGCAUAUUCAGGAUAUCCUGAAUGGAGGAGUCGCCAAACGGCAGAACGGUUUUCAGGAUGUCCACGGGACCCCCAGUCCAAGACGGCCGUCUGAGUCGAGUCGACCUCACUGACCUCACUGUGACCUUCCCUCCGUUGAGGAGAGGGCAGACCUGAAUAACAACAGUGUACAUCCCAUUCAUCCAGUGACAAUGAAGGGAUGCAGGAGCUGAAAUGCCUUGGUUAUUGUGACUAUUAUUUGCAUUUCGAAAUGUUGUGGAUAGUUGUUUGCGGUCACAGUGUUUUGAAAGUGCUAUGUUUUUGUGGAAGGUUUGAUUGCAAACUCCACUUGUUCUGUCAUUGUGUCUAUCUGCUUUCAUAGCUACUCAGAAAAUAAAUGAAUAGUAUGAAA